AUGAGCGAAGGCGGAGACCUAGAACAGCAUCCGAGUGACAGUGAAAGUGGAACGCAGAGUUUUCCAGCGGAUCCUGUUUUAAGUGAUUCGGCAAAUGAAAGUACGCCCGGAGUCGCUGUAGAACGUCAGAGAAAGCACAUCGAUAAGGGAGAUUCAGAUGACGAAAACGAGCUGUCCACGAGGGAGAGACUAGAGUCACAGCGGAUAAUCAACGGCGACAACGGAGAAGACCAAGGUUUAGGGCUAGAUCAGACUCACCGGCGACGUCAGGAACUCGAAGAAAAGCUAGACAGGAUUCUCAAAAAGCCCAAGUCGCGCAGAACUAGGCGAGAUGAGGACGAUCUAGAGCAGUUUCUGGAUGAGCGAAUUCUACGUUUGAAGGACGAAAUGAACUUUGCGGCACAGCGAGACAUUGAGACGUUGAAUAGGAGACUUGAAAACGCCAGCGAAAAAGGGAUUGCGAUGGAGAAAGUCAAGCUUUUGCCUAAAGUCGUCGGUGUGCUAUCGAAGGCGAAUCUCGCAGACACCAUUCUUGACAACAACUUGUUACAAAGCGUGCGCAUAUGGCUGGAACCGUUGCCAGAUGGAUCGUUGCCAUCGUUUGAAAUUCAAAAGUCUCUUUUUGCCACACUUGAGUCUCUCCCCAUCAAAACCGAGCAUUUGAAAGAAAGUGGCCUGGGGAAAGUGGUUAUCUUUUACACAAAAUCUAAGCGAGUGGAGCCCAAACUCGCGAGACUUGCGGACAGACUCAUUGCCGAAUGGACGCGGCCUAUUAUCGGUGCAUCCGACAAUUACAGAGAUAAGCGUGUGUUGAAGAUGGAAUACGACGUAGAACAGCAUCGCAAAAAGGCACAACUCGACAGUGCGAAGAAUAAGACUAAGAAAAGAAAGACAGUGGAAGGAGAAGAUGACAGCAAGGGCAAGUCUGCGUACGAGUUGGCCGCUGCCAGGCGUAAUCGUGCCGCUGCGCCCGCACAAGCCACUACCGACUACAAAUAUGCCCCUGUGAGUAACAUGUCAACCGUGGCCGGGAGCUCGAGGGUCGGCGUUGGCAGUUCGUUGAACAACAGCGAAAUGUUCAAGAGGUUGAAUUCCCGGUUGACCAAAACCAAGACGAAACGUUCUAAAUAA